AUGCUUCUACGAAAAAGUAAACAUCUCAAAUGUAUAAGCCUUUAUAAUACAGUCCAUGACCAAAUAGUGAAAACGAUAGCAGAAAUUUUAUAUACAAAUACGGCUAUUAAAACCUUGAACAUUGGUUUAGAUAAUCUUUGCUCUAACGAAGGGAAAAAGCUUGUACAAGCUAUUUAUAAAAACAACGCACUGGAAUCUUUGAGGCUUAGUGAUGAUCAACUUGGUAUUGGUAAAGGAAGGGCAAAUCAAGUUAAAUUCGACUUUACAGAACAAUGCCCUUCUGUCACAUAUAGCAAACAUAAACUACAUAACGGGUCAUACAUGAAUAUUGUAUAUCUUACUGGAUCAUUACCGACAUCAUCGACAUCCACUGAAGCGGUAAUACCAAAAUGCGAGAAGAUUGAAAUUACAUGCGAAUCUCACGAUCAAGGAUGGUCAUCUUAUCCUCAAGAUCGUGGUGCAUAUAAUAAUUCAUGGACGUGGGGAGAAAUUUCCAUUGUUAUCCCAGAACUAAAUAAUGACGUUCAGGGUCAAUCAAUUAAUUACAAAGUUGUUGAAAAGGAACCGAAAACUAGAUAUUUAGUUUAUACAAAUAAACAUGCGGAUGAUAAUUGGCAAACACAUAAUUGUGAGUUUUUAUCAGAUCAUCCACUAGUACAAAGUCUGCAACCUGGAGAUUUUGUGGGACUUUGGAUUCGAUCAGAAUUUCCAG